GAUCUUGUAAAGAAGUGGGCUUAAUUAGGGUCGCGGCAUUAAUAGAACGAUGGCUCUAUCAGGAAAAUUAAUUGGUCAUGUAGAGAUUAGUAGUAAGGGAGAUGUCUUCCAUGAUCUCUUUAGGCACAACCCACAUCAAAUUGUUGCGAUAUCCCCUGAUAAGCUCCAUGACUGUGAACUGCAUGCUGGUGAGAGGGGGGUCGUUGGAUCGACAAUCUGUUGGCACUACACUCUUGAAGGAAAGAGGAAAACUUCUAAGCAGAUAAUUGAAGCAGUGAACGAGGAAAACCACAUGAUUGUGUUUAAGGUUAUUGGAGGAGAUCUGGUGGAGGAGAUAUACAAGACCUUUACAAUCAUAUUCCACGUUGAACAGAAGGGUGAUGGACAGGUGGCUACUUGGACCUUGGAGUUUGAGAAGCCAGAUAUAAGUACACCUUAUCCAACUUCCUUGAUGGACUACCUUUGCAAUCUUGUGAAGGACAUGGAUGCCUAUAGCAGCACUAAGUAGUUCUGCAAUUUCUAAUCAAAGAUGGUAAUGAAUGGAAGUUCUACUUGUGUGUUUCUCCAUUCAAAGAAUAAAUGAAGAUGGUGAAUAAAGAAACAAUGUGCUUGUGUAUUUAGUAAUUAUGAACCUUUGUGAUGUGGUGUGAUAUUAUGAUACAUACAUGUAUGAUUAUUCUCCUUUCUCUGUGA